UUGACUCCCUGCUACGUCAGCGCAGCUCCGGUAAAAACAACAGCCCGUCUCAGUUUUUAUUUCCUGUUAGCAUUAGCCCUUUCGCGACGUGAACCGCGGAUAAACUGAGCGUGUAACAUGUCAAAUUAACCGACGCGUUUAUUCCUGGCUGACGUUGUCUUCGCUGUGGCGUUAGGAGUGCGCUGAAGGCAGAGCGGAUCGGAGCUGUUGACGCGCUGUUAGCUGCCAAGCUAACUGUAGCUAACAUCGGCGACCCAGCAGAGAAAGAUGGGGUCCAUCCUCAGUCGCAGAAUCGCUGGUGUCGAGGAUAUCGACAUCCAGGCGAACUCUGCCUAUCGAUUCCCACCGAAGUCUGGGAAUUAUUUUGCAAGCCACUUCUUCAUGGGAGGAGAGAAAUUCGACACACCACAUCCAGAGGGAUAUCUCUUUGGUGAAAACAUGGACCUGAAUUUUCUUGGAAAUCGGCCAGUGCAGUUUCCAUAUGUGACGCCUGCACCCCACGAGCCUGUGAAAACUCUGAGGAGUCUGGUCAACAUCAGAAAGGACUCCUUGCGUUUGGUCAGGUACAAAGAGGAAUCUGACACACCGGUGGAGGAGGGUGGAAAACCAAAGGUUCAGUAUGGUGUGGAGUUCACCUUCGAUGCUGAUGCUCGAGUGGCCAUCACCCUCUACUGCCAAGCAUUUGAGGAGUUCUCCAACGGGAUGGCAGUGUACAGCCCAAAGAAUCCCUCACUGGUCUCUGAAACUGUACACUACAAGCGAGGGGUGAGCCAGCAGUUCUCCAUGCCAUUUUUCAAAAUAGAUUUCAGCGAGUGGAAAGAGGAAGAUUUGAACUUUGACCUUGACCGAGGAGUGUUUCCCAUGGUGAUCCAAGCUGUGGUUGAUGAAGGGGAUGAUUGCCUUGGACAUGCUCAUGUACUUUUGGCAGCCUUUGAAAGACAUGUUGAUGGCAGUUUCUCCAUCAAGCCUCUGAAGCAGAAGCAAAUUGUGGACCGUGUGAGCUACCUCUUACAGGAGAUCUAUGGGAUUGAGAACAAAAACAAUCAAGAAACCAAGCCAUCAGAUGAUGAGAACAGUGACAAUAGCAACGAGUGUGUUGUCUGUCUGUCUGACCUGCGAGAUACACUCAUCCUGCCCUGCAGACAUCUGUGUCUCUGCAACUCCUGCGCAGACACUCUGCGUUACCAGGCCAACAACUGUCCAAUCUGCAGGCUGCCCUUCAGAGCCUUGCUGCAGAUCAGAGCUGUGAGGAAAAAACCUGGUGCUCUUUCCCCCGUGUCCUUCAGCCCUGUUCUGGCUCAGACUAUGGACCAUGACGAGCACUCAAGCACAGAUUCAGUUCCUCCCGGCUUUGAACCCAUCUCGCUGUUGGAGGCUCUGAAUGGUCUUCGGUCAGUGUCUCCUGCUAUCCCAUCAGCCCCCCUUUAUGAUGAAAUCAACUUCUCAGGGGGUGUGGGAGGUGACAGCAGACAGCUGAGCUCCCCAGAGCAUUUAAGUGAUGGGAGUCUGCAGAAAGGCAAAGUCAGCAAGUCACCUGACAGCACCCUUAGGUCUCCAUCCUCUCCCAUCCAGGAGGAAGAUGAGGAGAAGCUGUCCGAGAUGUCUGAUGCUCAGCCACACACAAUGCUGUCCAGCAGCCCCGCCCCCACAGACGCCACAGCCACUGAGGACGUGGCAGAAUCCCUGUCCCCAGAUGAUGAGGACAGGAUGCAUUCUGAAGGAGACAUCCUACAGGACUGCAGCAGUGAACACAGCAGCUUGACCAAAACAGAGAGCGACCCACCAGGUGACUUGUCUCUGCCAGCUCUUGGUCCUGAUGCCUGCUCUAUUGGUAUGGAGGAAUAACUGUGGGUCAUCAGAGUCUACGGAAAGCCUGAAAAGCCAGAGCACAAACUGCUCCAGCCAACCUCUCCUGUGUCCCACAAGCAGCCUUCAUAUGGAGGAUGAGCACCUCAACCCCUGACUCUGGUCCAGCCUUUUUCCUCCCAUCAAUCAGAACAGAUUUAUGCUUUUGUGAUCAGAGCCAAUGACAGCCCUGAAAUUAAGUCCACCAGGACGAGGGUGGACUGUGUUUGUUUGUUCCAUCAAAAGAAAUUUGACUCCUGCAAAGAUGACUGAUGUUUUUAAAAAGACAUUGUUUCUCCAGCUUUGAAAACAUUUCAUUAACUGUCAGAUGGUGUUCAGUUUUGUGUCUUGGCCAGACUUGUGGUCUUGUAAUGUGGAUUCCAGAGAUAUUUCACUACCUGUCAUGGUGGUGCUUUUAAGCACACUUACUUUAAAUUAACUGUAUCAAUUGCUUAACACUAAAUUCAGAAGAAUUUAUAAAUACAGUUUGUGUUUAGAUAUUGUAUUCAUCAGUGAAAUACACGAAUGACUUGAGAACUUGUUUUCCAGUCGGGUUGAUUUGAGUUAUGAGCAGAAAUUUGAAAACAUAUUACUUAUGUAUCUGUGUGUCCAUUUAAAGUGAUUUUGCACUCUGACAAAAUCGUUUAUAAUCCAUUCCUUAUAACAAGAGUUUAUGAUGAGAUUAGUUUAAGUUGUAUGCAGUCUUAAACAUCUAUGUGUCACUUUUUUAUUAUUUCAAAUUAUGUGAUAUCUAUGUAUCAAAACUGUACUAGAAUCCUGUGUAGUUAUUCCAAAAUUGUAUACUUGCAUAUUACAUAGAAAAAAAUCCUCAUAUUGAAGUAAUGCAGCUAGACUCAGUUAAAAUGCACAUUGUUUAAGACUUGGCAAAUCAGUAAGAGCUACAGAUUCACAUCCUAACAGCUGAACUCAAAGAUACCUAAAGCCCGCAACAAGCAUAGAUGCUACAUGUAUUCUGACUCAGUAUGGCACAAUAAGUGUGCUUGUCGUAGAUGUGGUACAUCGCUGUACAGUCUUUUUGUGGCAAUGCCAGUGUCUGCUUAUGUGACGUAGCUGCAAAAAAGGGUUCAGGUGUUUAUGUGGCUGCAACGCCUUUACUUUCCUUGGUCCUGUAUGUGUAGCGCCAUGCAUAUAGAUCUAUGUGCCUUGAAUUGGUAUGGCUGCCUGCUUGUUGCAUUGGACAUUAGUGUUCUUAUAAAUGCUACAAUAUACAAGUUUUCAGACCGUAGACAGGAUUUUUGAUGCUGAUGUACAGAACCUUUUUUUCUAUUGCAAACUUCAUGCUACUGGAAAAAUGUAUCUCGUUAUUGUUAUUGCAAUAUUAAAUUGAACUGUUCAUUUAUUAUUUUAUGGCCAUAUAUCAAUUAUGCAUUUAAUCUUAGUGUUUAGGCACAAGUGCAUUCCUGUAAGAUACAUUUGAUUGGAACACAUUCAAUGCAAUAAAUGGAAACAUUGCAUUUUAAUAAUUGAGCUAGCAUUUGCAUGUGAAUUUGUAAAGGCUUAAAUCUCUCACUGCUUUUACGUAACAUGUUUAUUUUGUCUUUUUCUCCCCUCAUCUUCUGUGCCAUUUCAACUUGACACCGUGCCUUCCUGUUCCUGUUUUGACCACUAUUGACCUGGUAUCCAGGAUAACUCCACAGUAGGUGGUUUGUGGCUCUGUAAAUUUAAUACCUGUCUUUCCUCGUGUGUAUAGCAGCAUGUGUAUAACAAUAAAGAACAAAGAUUCAUUACUUCAA